AUGGAAAGAAAGUUACCACAAUACCAGUGCUUCGAACAAGUAGCGAAACUGUUUUUAACAACAAGAAGAGAUUGGAAAUGUAAGUCAUGUUCAGAUUUUGAUAACACUAAUACACCAGAUGAUCUCACUUCACUCAAAUACCAAGUAUCUUACUUAAAACGUGAAAACGAACUUUUAAUAGAUUUAAACACUGAACUUAAACAAAAUAAUGAGCUCCUGAAACAAAACAACUUCGAACUGUCUGAUAAAAUUGCUACUCAAAACAAUUUAUUUUUACCAAUACAUGCUGGUACCACUUCUACUGUUUCUUAUAGUAAUGUUCUUCAAAAAACGAUGAAUAAUAAAGUAACUCCGUUUACUUUGGUGAUAAAAAGUACAAAUAAGGAAAAUUCCAAUAUAGAUAUUCUUAGCGAUAUCCAGAGGCGUGUCAAACUUGCUGAUUUAAAUGUUUGCAUUAAUAGCACUAAACAGAUAAAAAAGGGUGUUGUACCAAAUUGUGAGGAUGAAUUAUCGCUAGAGAAGUUAAAGACGUCAAUUCAAAAAAAGGUUGGAUCUUCAUAUAACAUAAGUGAGUCUCAGAAAUAUAAUCCCCGAUUAAUCAUAAAACAUAUGCAAGUAGAUAGUAGUUUGGAGUCGCAUGAGGAUAUUAUUAAAAAUAUGUUUUCUAUAAAUCAAUUGGAACCAUUUACUACUGAAGAUCUAAAAAUAGUUACGAUUUUGAAAUAUUCUCAUAGCAAAUCCCAAGAUGUUAUUAUAGAAGUAUGUCCUAAGCUGCGAAAACAAAUUCUGGAGAGAUCGUACCUGUAUCUGGGGUGGAAACGUUGUUCAGUCAGUGAUUAUAUAAGAGUAAUUAGAUGCUAUCAGUGUUCAGGCAAUAACAGAUAUACUACAGAAGAUUUAAAUAAAACUCCUCUCGAAAAUACAGUGCACAGCGCUCCAACCACGCCAACGCAUCGAGCAGAAAUAACUACCAAAACCGACAUAAAUAAACAAACCAUCCAAAUCAAAGAAAUCAAGAAGCCUAGCGAACUUGUUAAAGAGAAGAAUAGUGAAUCAAAAGGAACUCCAACAAAUAACCAAGUUAUCACGAGAGCAACCCUGAAGGAGAAAAUUAAAUUACGAAAUAAUUCUAAUAAAUAA